AUGUCGACGACUUCACCCCCUUCAAUCAUUGCUAAUUUCCAUUACGAACGUGAAUCCAUCCAGCACUGGCGCUACGAGAAGCUCGCCAUCGCUGCAAUCGUCAUCCUCUCGAUCUUGACAUUCGCCGGGGCUGGUUACUUGCUGAUCUGGUACUUCCUACGGCGGCAGGCUCGCCACCGUCAUCAAGAAGUUCAAGAGCAUGACAUGUUCAGUCAAUCGGCCGUGUCUCUAGCAGAGGAUACAGGCAAGACCUUGGAUGAGUUUCUCAUGACCGAUGUUCCACCCCAACGCACAUCGAUCAUCUGCGGACGAGGACGCUCUCCUUCCAUCACGAUGGUGUUCGAAGAAUCCUAUCUUGAUUCACCUCCUCAUCCCUAUUUGACAAGCUAUGACACCUCGGUUUCGAGUUCAGUCACGACGCUGACCCCAGUCAACACCCUGACUCCAAUCGCAACUACCGACUCCGGACCAAGUAUUUCAACCUCAAGUAUGGUGGUAGAAGCCAGUACCGGAGUGCGGUCUUCAAGCCCCACACCGAGGGCUUCCAUAUCGCUGGAUCAGACUGUCCGCUCUUUUCGGGCAGGGGAAGGAACUUCUCCCGGCACACCCACUAGCUCGAAUCUGAGCCCAACUUCGUCUCCUUCUAUUUUCUCUCAAAACAAACCGCGGGACCUCGUCAGCCCUCUCUCCUCGCGAAGCUCCGGUGCCAAUUUACCAAUUCCGGGCCUUCGUCUCACUCGGUCUGAUCCACAACCCUUCGGUAGGACUCAUGCUUCUCAGCAAACACGUCGGGGCGUCAUUGGUCCGCCGUUCAUCGUGCCUUCGAUACUGGUGGAUAUUUCCUCGGAGUUAAAUCAGACUUCAUCGUCAUCCACUCGUACCCCGGGCUCAUCACCCUUCCGACGUUCUUCUCCGGCUUAG